GACCACUCGUUGUUGUUCGUGUUGCCGGUAAAUAAAGUGCGUAAAUCCCGGAGAGAAGGAGAGAGAUGUACUGGGACACUAUCAUCAAACCUGGAGACAGAAACACAGACAGCAAAGACUCGAAAAUAAAGAUGGAGAUUUGCCAGACUGGAUAUUACACAGAGGACUUCAGGACACAGGAAGUACCAGCUGGCUUUGACUUUGCAUCUUAUGACUACCCUGGUGAAGACCUGUCUUUUCUGUUAGACAGUAAAGCUCCUGGACAGCAGCAGUACGUCGCAGAGAGCAGCUACCCAGAGCCACCCAAAGCCUCUCACCCAUACGACACUAAAGUGAGCACCAGUGAUAAUUCCCUCUUCAACCUGGACUCAUACCAGGAGUUUAACUGGUGGGCCUCAUAUCCACAUGAUGGGCUGACGGUAGACCAGUCACAAACUGGAUACCAGGAGUCUCCACAGACAUACCAGAGCCUGGUGCCCCAAAAUGGACAGUUCAGCCCGGCCAUGGAGGGCAGCCACAGCCCCUUUCUAACUUCAAAAGGAUCAAAUGCAUUACAAGGCGAGACGGAUCAGAGCUACUCGUGUCACUCGACUGAAUUGUUCGACUCUGACAGACAGAGGCAUCCGUCGUCUUUCUGGCCUGAAUAUUCCUCUCCCAGCUUCAGCGCCCCCCUACCACACCCGCCUUCAACCUCCUGCCCAUCAACCCAUGGUCCUCAGUCCUCAGAGCAGUACUGCCCCCGUGUGGUCAAACGCAAAAACACACACCCUCAGAGACCAGACAGGGAGGGCCAGAUGACGGGGAUGUCUGCUUAUCCAGGUUCAGGUCCAAUCCAGUUGUGGCAGUUUUUGCUGGAGCUUCUUCUAGACUCUGCCUGUCGUACCUUCAUCUCCUGGACAGGAGACGGCUGGGAGUUUAAGAUGUCCGACCCCACAGAGGUGGCUAAGCGCUGGGGCCAGUGCAAGAACAAACCCAAGAUGAACUACGAGAAGUUGAGUCGCGGCCUGCGUUACUACUACCACAAGAACAUCAUCCACAAGACGGCAGGCAAGCGCUACGUCUACCGCUUUGUCUGUGACAUACAGGGCAUGCUGGGAAAGACGGCGCAGGAGGUCCUGACCAGUCUCAACGUUUUGCCCACAAACACUGAGUCGUGGCAGUCAUGCUCCGGGGUACCUGCAGGAGCAGGGACGUCGGAGCACAGCAGUGAAACAUGGGCGUCACAGUAGGGAACAGGUGCCAGGACUCUUGGUGCUGCUGGCAGAGAGCAACCAGCACAUUUUAAUAAAGUACUACAGCCCACAAAGGGAACACUGCCUCCUCCAGUCCUGGCUGAACCACAGUGUCUUCAUGGGCUGAUGCUGUUGCAGGCAGAUGAGGAGCCAAUGUAUAGAUGUAUGGAGAUAGAUUUGUCCCAAUUUCAUUUGAGUGAAAAGAUCGACAAUCUGUGUGUUAAUGUGUUGGUGAAGAGUCAUCCAGGUCAUAGUAAUCCUAAAUGCUAUACCGUAGGCAACUAGACAUGCUUGAGUUUCUUGAAGAUGUUUCACCUCUCAUCCAAAAGGCUUCUUCAGUUCUGAAGAAGAAUAUGGCACUCAGGGUCAUGUGUCA